UGUUUCCCUAAUUAAUAUAUUUGUAGUAUAAUAUUUUAUUAAUCUUGUUUAAUACUAUCGCAACUAAAUUUACUUAUCUUGUAUUAUACUUUGGUUUAGUACUAAAUAUGUUCUCAAAUUUUACAUUAACUUGUAAUUCUAACAUUACAAUUUUUACCAAUGGAUUCAGAUGAUCUAGAGAGGAUCUUGGAAUCGUCGUUGGAGGAUGGGAAUAUUACUGUUUCAGACCCCUCUCUCUUCCCCUGCAAACUCAUCUGGAUCGUCUCCAACAACUCAUACAUCACCAAACAUCAAAUCCUAGCCAUCACCACUACUAACUCUACCAACUCUAAUACUACAGAUAAUACAGACAAUAAUACUACGGAUAAUAAUAAUACAGUUAACACUCAUAACACAGUUGAUACUACAGUUACUACGGAUACUACAGAUAAUAAUACAGAUAAUAAUACUACAGUUACUACGGAUACUACAGAUAAUAAUACUAAGGAUACUACGGAUAAUAAUACUAAGGAUACUACGGAUACUACAGAUAAUACUACAGUUGAUAAUAAUAGUGUGGAGAAUAGUGAGGAGAAUACUGAGAGCUAUGCGAUCCAUGCACCGGAACGCAGUAUAAAAAGUCCUAAAAGUGGAAUACUGGUGAGAUUAGUUGAGAACAUGAGUGAAUUAAGAGGUGAAACAGUAAUUGGCCGUAUUGAACCAUUUGACUGUAAUCACGACAUUGUCAUCCACGGACUCUGCACCUCCUGCUCCCAACCCAUUGACAAUAAGCGGAAAUUUUCCGAAUCGUCUGAUACCAAUAGUAUGGAUAGUAUGAGUAUGAGUGUGAGUAGUGCCGGAUUCCUGAGUAAUAGCGAUGCGAUGAUAAUUCGUGGUGAUGUGAUGAGUAGGAUGGAGUGUGGUGAGAUAUUGAAUUACUUGACUGAUGGUAAGUUGUGUCUGGUGUUAGACUUGGAUAACACGUUGUUACACGCCACUUCACAGCCGCCGCCGCCGGACAUCGCAAUACCAAUUCUAAACUAUGAUACCGCAGAUUAUCUUAAUCAGUAUGUACAGUAUGGAACGGAUAGUGUGUCACUGGAGCUACAACAGAAACUGGAAAACUCUGUCAUCAAAACCAUUGUCUACAACGAGACUGAGACUUCAUAUUGUGUUUCAUACUUCAAACUAAGGCCGGGGAUAUUCCAAUUCUUCCAUAAGAUUAGUGAUAAGUUCCGGUUAUUUCUGUUCACUAUGGGCACUAAACAACAUGCCGCUAGCGCUCUACAAGUCAUUGACCCACAAGGCAUCUACUUCGGUAAUCGCAUCUUCUCCAGAUACAACACCAAUUCUCACAACUCUACUAACUCUAUUAACUCUGUAAAUAGUGUAAACAGUGUAAACUCAGUAAACAGUAUGAACUCGGUGAGCAAUGUGGUUGGGGUGAAGAAGUUGCGUAACGAUUUGAGGUAUUGUAUGAAGUCGUUGGACAGGAUAUUUCCAAAUUAUAAGAAUUUGGUGUUGGUGAUGGAUGAUACGGAGCAUGUCUGGACUAAUAAUUUAGGCCUAAUUAAGGUGCACCCGUACUACUUUUUCUCCGACUUGUCAUACCUCAACAGCUACGACCUCAAUAACCUAACCAAGUCCUCAGCAUCACUACAGUCAAUCUGCAACUACUCCAACCACACAUGGCACAAACUCAUACACAACGCCAAUCUGUCCACCAGUCAUACUGUUGACAAUGUCAAUAGUGUCAAUAGUGUUGGUGAUGUGGACAAUGUGUUGAGAGACGCUGAUGGGUUUGUGAUACCAAAGUUGAUGAGGAGAAGCGACUUUAGAUACAACGGCUACUUGAUAUGUAACCAGCGUCCUGACAAUAUUUACACAAGUUGUACUACUGAUGAGAUAAAAAAGAUAAAAAUAAUCGACAAUGACAAGCAGUUGUAUAAAAUUGUUAACUUGCUAAAUCAAAUACACACGCACUUCUUUCAACAGUUCCACGCUCUAAUUUCUAAUGACAAUGACACCACUGAGAUAAAGUUGGCUGAGGAGAAUUUGAGAGAGUGGUUGGACGGUGGUAUGAUCCCGAGUGCGAGUAGGAUAUUACAGGAGCUUCGUGAGAAGGUGCUGGAGAACGUUGUGUUAUACUCCAACACGUGCGAGUUUAUCAAUUUAAGUAAUUUAAACUCCGAGUCGGAGGAAAUUAACUUUCUACUCUGCUCAGAUUUCGGCAAGUGGGCGUCCAAAUUCGGAGCCACAAUACGUAAAUCAAUUAACUCUACCAAUACUACUGACAAUAAUGACAAUAGUAAUAAUGACAAUAAUACUAAUGAAAAUGUGAAUGGGAUAACGCAUUUGAUAGUGAAUAAUAGAAGUAAUUUGUUGAUGGAUGGAGUGAAGAAGGUGCAUAUAAAGUGGUUAGAGGCUGUGAUGUACUGUCACGAGUAUGUAAAUGAAGAUAAAUUUAACCCCGAUCACUGGCAAAUCCCUUACAGGUCCUUCUGGGAUAUUCUAAACUCUUAA